AUGCCUACUGAACGAGCCCGACCGUCGUUCUAUCUACUCCCCCCAGAACGGUAUCUACCGGCAUCGGCCUUAUCAACUUGGCUCGGCCGGAUCGUCAAAUCCUAUUCCGAGCCAGACGCAAAUUUUGUGCCGGAUGAUCCAAAGCCCUUCGUAACACACGAAUUUGCAAGAAGCACUAUCGCCAACGCCAGCCUCGCCGCAUUAUCACAGCGGAACAAGUCCUUUGCUGCCAAACUCGGCGCAACAGUCGACAAUUAUGACCAAGUUUUUGAUCGGUUGAUCCAGCAUGAGGAAACGAGAUCUCAACUCCAACGGAUGUUAGCUCGCGGCCGUAAUACUGGUUUCAUGGUUACUGCGAUGCUCAUCUGGCAGGAUGCAACUUUCACGCCCUCUAGAGAACGCGGGGUCACAGCCCCGGCCGGUGUUUCAGUGCCGAUGUCCACGAUUGUCUCGAGCACUACAGGCAUCUUGCUCCCCUCUGAACCCACUGAUUCAGGCGUUUCCGGGUCGCAAAGUCACCAAUAUACAGCCGAGUUCUCUGGCGAAAGCGCAGGGAGUAACAUCUUUGCUCUCCAGUACAAGACUGUGCAGAGGUCGGUUGUCCAGUCAUUUUUGGGUACAGACAACGCCAUGAUGUUGAAAGAAAAGGGUCCAGAUUUGCCAGCUUCGCAGUCUUUUGCCAAGAAACACCGUGGAAAUAGCGAAUCUGAGUCGGAGGAGAGUGAUAUCAGUAGCGACGAGGAAAUCGACGAGGAGGAUGAGAUCAAUAUUGAUGACAGGUCUGACGAUAAUUAUGAAACAGACAAGAACAGGAAGGUCGUCCUGGAGAUGGAUGAGGAUAGCGUUACGUGGGCCGAUGUGCUAGACGAGGAAGAAUAG